GAAUCAUUAUUUUGUUAUUAUUUACUGUUAAUAUUAUGUAUUUUAAUAGUAGAAAUUAAUAUUUAAUUGUAAUGUGGGCGAUUUUUUAGUUUACACAAUUAAUCGAAUUUAGUUUAAUUUUUAUUGCAAUUAUUUAAUUUUUAAGAAUGUUUCACCAUAUUUAAUAAUUUUUGGUAUAAUCGAUGUAAAUUAUUUGUAAUAAUUGUAAAUUAGUAGAAAUGUCUGAGUAUUGGAUUUCUACCAAAAAACAUUACUGUGAAGUCUGCCGAUGUUGGCUUUCAGGACACUCACAGAAUGUUAAGAAACAUGAGGCGAGUAAUCGACAUAUAUCAUCUUUGCGCAAUAAAAUGAUAACAUCGCAUAAGAAGAAGGUUGAGGAACGUAAACAAAAGGAGUUUGAAGCCGCUGAAAUGGAACGGCUGAACGCCAUUACUCUUGAGGAUCCCACGCCUGCUGAGCCUUCCAACAAACUUCCUUUCAUGGAUAGUAUGUUUCAGUAUGGGCCUUUGGUACAACCAAUUGGUGACUUUGAAACUGAGAAAAGGAGAAUUGAACAGGCAAUUCAUAGAAAAUUACAAGGGAUUGAGGAACCAGAGGCCGUACAGAAAAAGGAUACUCGAUGGAUGGCUACCAUUGAUCAAGAAGAUGGAACCUUGAUAUAUUGUGAUAGAGUUACUGGCGUAAUAACAAAGAAAAGACCAAAGGAUUUUGACGGAGAAUUACCUUCUCAAGCUUAUCUUACCUCAAAUUGGGUGUUGAAGUAUGACCCUAAUAAAAGAAGUAGAUAUUAUCAUAAUGUACAAACAAAUGAAGUUCGAUGGUUAGAUGAUCCGGCUCCAACAACACAUACGCCUAUUACUCCACAGGUUAAUGCUCUUCCCACUAGUACUCCACAAAAAUCUGAAGAUAGUACUACUAAAAGUAAUACAGAGAAGACUAGUGUUAAAUCUGAGGAAAAGAACGGCAAUAUAGUACUAAAUGUGAAAGAAGAAAAGAAAGAAGAUACAAAACUAAUAAAAGUCAAUUUUAAACCUGCGGAUAACACCUCUAAUAGUGUAGAAUAUACAACUAAUAAGGUGGAUAGUAGUAGUGAUAAGGUUUAUGAUAAUAUUAAAAAAGAAGAUGAUAGUGUAGUAAAAAAGUAUGAUGGGCCUGUAAUAGGUCAAUGGCAAGUAGUUAAUCCAAAAGAAAGUGUUUUUACACAUUGUACAGAAAAUGAACAAUUACUCAAUAAUAAUAAUGAAUUCAAUCAACAUGUAUCAAACACAUCUAAUAAUGAUUUUAAUGAAGAAAUAUUUAAUGAAAAUGUAGAAAAACCUGUUUAUAGAAAACAUACACAGGAAUCUCAAGAUACCUCACAGGACCAAGUUCUAUUUAUAAAACGUAAAAUUAAAAAAAAAUAA